AUGAAACUGAGACCUGGGAUUUCAGUUCUCAACAUUGGCAGUGGAACUGGCUUUUUGAGUACAAUGUUCGGCCUUGUGCUGGGUAUGCGCGCACCGAGCUUCAGCGUUUCUUCCGUCCUGUUCAACAUACUUAUAUGUAAAUUUAAUCGUUAGCCUGAUCCAAAAACCCAAUAGCAAGGGUAAAUCUUCUCGAUAUUGGGUAUAUAUCGAUUCAUCGAGAUAGGGACGUCGAAUGGACCUCGAUUUUGACUGCUGAAAGGAUAUCGCCUUGAUAUCUUAUUUUCGUUUGACGCCUAUGCAAAUGCAUCCUAUAUAGGAUGGGGAGGGGCGGGGGGGGGGCAAAAAAAUGGUACUGCCAUGUCAGAUACGGGCGAGAUACGGUGAAUUGCCAGGUUGGCUGUACCCACAACGAACCUCCAAAUUGCCUCUUAUUCAUUCUUCUUUUGAAAUUUACAGACCUAUUGACAGAUGGCAUGAGCCAGUUCUGACUUCUUAAAACAUAUCGUAUUCAGUCUUGCCGCAAGUAGUUACCCCUACGUAUCAAGGACUUCAAACUGCCGGAGUCAUCACGCCGUACUUUUUCGACAAAUUUUCUAACUCGAAUUUAGUGUGCCUGUAGGCAGCCGAAUUCGUAGACUCGAGGUCGACUUGAGUCCGAAUUGUUAUUAGGGGUAUAGUAACUAAGGUUACUGCUUAUUAGCACAGCUCACCUGGAGGAUUUAUUUGCUCUUGUCCUUUGUGACUUCUCAGCCACCGCUUCGUAAUAUUCUGUAAGUGUCUUAUGACAGUAAUCGUUCAGAAUCGUGUCUUUAUUUCGCUCACAUGACCCAAGAUUUGACAGCUUUUGAAAUUCUGAAGUAAAUCAGUACCAUGCUGUAAUUGAACCAAAGUGAUUUUUGUCGACCCAACACCUGUAUACUAACUUGAUGUAUUUUAUACUUAGCCAUUUUGUCUCAUGCUUCCUGAUCGAAUAUGACCGGCUGGGUCCUGUUAACUGCAUGAGGGCGUGAGGGUUACGGAUUAUUUGGCAGCUUACCAUUCGGAUUAAUGACCUCAAAAAUAAAAACAAUUUUAUUGUUUCAUGUUGCUCUCUGAUGUUUCGCUGGCAUGGGAAACUCAGGUGGACAGUUUUAAUUGAGCCAUUAUUUUGACAGUACAGCUGCGCGAGCCUUAAUAGCGCCACAUCUUUCUUUGUGUCUGGAUGUAUUAACUAGCUAACUUUACAUCUUUAGAUAUCUCAUCGGGAGGGGAUAUAUUGACCGUUACAACAUUACGCCUACAUCAUAGCUAUUUUAUAUUGCACUUCUUGUCAAUCUCAUAGAGUACUCCUUUGAUUUCUAGUCAUCUCAUCCCUUCUGCAACACAUUUUUGGGGACUGUUGUAGAACUUUCGACUGUUUUUUUCGAUAACUAACUUCACCUCACGGGUUUGCCUGUUAUCCAUUUUGGCAUAGGUUCAAAUGGCGUCAAUCACGGGAUAGAGGUGUCGGCCUCUAACUUUGCCUUCGCCAAGUCACGUCUUGCAGAAUUCAUGGCUACCUCGGACGCCGUAUACGAAUGCGACUUCUGCCCACCGCACUUUAUCCUUGGCAACAUUUUCUCUUUGGUUCCCAUCAGUCCCCAGAUAAGCUCCCCAGCAGUGUUCGUGGAAACGACUACCACAGACCGUCUUCCAUCCCUCAGUCCUAUCCUUAGCGCACCUAGUCCUGGUCUUCCUGAUUUCUCGGAAGAGAUCCGCCAGCAAUCAUCUGAAACUCAAAACCCAAGGGAAGACGGGGAAUCUCAGACCUCCGAAUCAGAUGGAGACGAUCAGGAAGAUGAUGACAACGUCGGAGAUGAUGAAAUAGUCGACCAUGAACCCGUAAUAAAUUGCAGUGGAGAUAUUAUAAUAGAAAUGCCACCAUUAAUUGAAGUGCCUUUUCCACCCGCGACAACCCAGACAAGAGAAGUGCCCCAAUUCCAUCAUGCUACAACAUCGCCUUUGCCCGCAACAUCGAGCGUAUGGCCCAUGUACGAUCGGAUUUACGUGGGUUCGGCAAUCACUUCACAAGCUCAGCUAGGCGCCAUUCUUAGACUGCUUAAAGUAAACGGAUUCAUGAUUGCCCCCGUGAAUGACAGGGUGAGUAAUUGGUUUACUGUCAAGCUAUUACGGCGUUUAAAGGGCCGAAACUGCAGUCAUGAUGAUGGAGAUGAUGAUGAGCAUCAUCCUUCUCCUCUUCCUCCUCCCUACUCCUCAUCACCAUCGCCAUCAUCGCCUCAAACAAUACCACCAUUAGCGCCACCGACAAUUUUCCUCCUUAAAUCUCCGAGAAUCACCACCACUAUGGGUAGAAAUGGGAACUUGCGUUUAACACAGCUUCGACUUAGUUCUUCCCACAGCCAUCAUACUCUAGUAAAAAGAUUAGGUUCGAAAUAGGAUUUGGCAAAGGGUCUGGCUAGACAUUCUUCCCCAUCUCUCGUGUGCCACACACGGGUUGGUCCCGGAAUUCUCGGAAAGAUUUCACUCAUUCGGAUAUCCUACGCGUGAAGUUUAUGAUACAGCCAAAUUAAAAAACUGUCAAGGCUCUGCCAGCAGUCACAAGGACCGAAGUAUGGAGCUAGCUGAAAACCUACCUUGUCAAUACUUUUAUGGCUUAGUAAUUCAUAUACUCAUCAGUUGAAUUGUGGUGUGCGAGGACCGCGCAAGGUAGGCCUAUCUCCCCUUGGUUUGAUUUUAUCUCUUUGAACCUGCAAACUAUGGGGUCCUUCUUAGGGUCCCGUAGUUGCUAACGCACCUUCCUUUGGGCUCCCAUAGUCUAUGCCGAUCUAUUCCUGUAAGUCUGUCUGUCCGUUCUGAUGAGCAUAUUCAUCGCCGUGCCGUGGAGGACAGUGCAACAUAGAGACUUUUGUCACCCUCGUUCUCUUCAACAUUGGCUCAUCACAGUGAACUGGCUCUGUGUCAUGGAAUUGUCAUCAGACUACCAAGCUAUUAGACUGCACCUAUUAUAACAGUAAAACCAGACUUAUCUGCCUCGCUUCAGUUUAUGAAAAUUACUCGGACUUCCAAGAACAAGACCUCUGCCUACAGCCUCCUCAGCGUUAGUUUCGCUUCUCUAAUACCACCUGGAAAAAACGCCAUCAAAAUCGAUCCCCGUAAGUGUUGGAAUCCUUUCUAACCUUUCCAAAGGGCGAUUUUCUUUGUCUGAAUGUUUACUAUGGCAUGCCUUUUAAUGUUUGAUUUCUUACACGGAGCUGUGGUUAGUGAUUAAACAGUGUUAACCUCCUACCACUGUAUCUCUGGUAUAGCAUCGCGCCAGUUGGCCAUUUAUUCUCGCAUAUCAUGAAUUUCUUGGUUGAAGACGCCAAGUCUCAAACUUCAGAGUGGUCUCCAGUAGUAUCUCUACUUUUGACGUUGUUUCAGUAUCUCUCCUGAAGAUUGCCUUAACGCAUGCGUGCUUUGUUCAGUGCUGUCUUUACCUGCCGGCGUAUUGUAUCUCCUGGAACAUCGUUGCCCAUCAGUCGGGAUCCGUGGUGCUUGUAGACUUCGGUCGGGAUCGCAUCGGAUACCGGUGCUUUCCUAGUGAGGAGUUGUUGCAAGGCCCUGAUAGUUUCUGGCAGGAAGAAGGCAGGUCCAGGUGGUUUUUCGUAUCCGCCUUGGGGGACCGGUCGAUACCGGCGUCGGAGAUCCUGGAUGGGCAGCUGAGGACGGCUCAGUGAUCAGUCCAGUGCUUCAUAAUUUGCGAUUUCUCCGUAAGGAGUGGCUUGGAGAUACAAGCACAUCGGGUAUCCAUACUUGGUUUAGCCCGUCGCCGGUAGUGGUCGCCGCAGUGUGGCCGCUUAGAAGAGCAUGGUUUCAAGGAGUUAAAGACUAACAUUUCAUGCUAGUAAAGGGCCGUACGGAGCGACCGACACAUGUAAUAGGCUUUUGAAAGGGCCUGUCACUCUUACAAGGCGUAUAUCCUCGCCAAACACCAUCGGCCUCCUAUUCGUACUACUACUACUACUACUACUACUACUACUACUACUACUACUACUACUACUACUACUACUACUACUACUACUACUACUACUACUACUACUACUACUACUACUACUACUACUACUACUACUACUACUACUACUACUACUACUACUACUACUACUACUACUGCUACUACCACUACUACUGCUACUACCACUACUACUGCUACUACUGCUACUACUACUGCUACUGCUACUAGUAUUACUACUAUUACUGGUAAUACUGAUGCUGAGAUUUACAAAGGGGCGUCUGUUUUAAGUUUCGAAAAAUGCCUUUGGACUCCGCGGUUUGCCUGCGGGUGCUGUGUAUGCGUUUUUCUCACCUGUGCCUCGUCGACUGAAAGAUGCAAAACGUAACCGAAAUAAGGAGGUAAAAAAUAGAAAACGCAAUCGCCUACCUUCCAUCAAUCUCUGUGUCUGCUAAUGGCAAUUAAUUAACUUCUCGCGGAGCGUGUGUGUACGCAUGCGCGCAUGGUGUUGCUGGAGCAGUAGGAGCAGGGGAGUUAAAGUCGUGGGACAAGCAUUGUCAAGGCAUUCCAUCCACUCGUUCACUUUGUUCUCGGACUUUGCGCUGCGUGCCCUCCACAUUUUAUGCUCGAAGAAAGGGUAUAUUUUAGGUUUUGGCAGUUUUCCCAUUCCCGAAUAAUUUUGAGCCAGAUCAGCCCUCGCAUUAACCUUUAGCUAUUUUGGUCCACAAAAUGCAUAUUUCUCGCGUAAGAAAAGUCAGAUAUUAUACUGUGCCUUUAAGAAGACAUGUAGUGUUUAUAAAAUCUUGCAGUGGAUGUGAACAAUGUUGCAUGCGUCAUGAGGGGCAUUAAUAAACGGGCAAAUAUGAUGUUGCACGCCUGAACAUUGCAGUCUUAAAAAUCUCAUACUUAAAAACUUUUUUAAAACCGCGCGACACUCUUCGAGCAUAAAAUGCAAGGACGACGCGAUUUGCUACCAAGUGAGUAAGGGGAAGCACGUUUUUGUGCAUGUUUUCUGCAAACUGUGUUUGAAUUUAUAAGGCCAUCGAAAACCAAUGUGAAAAUGCACGCUACUUAAGUAGUCAUUUUGUAAGAAGUGCAGCCUUUACGGAAGAUCAAAGAGAAGUGCAUUCAAAAGCCAGCAUCCUGGCGAGUCCGAAUAUCAUAGAAUUAUGCCGCAUGGCAAUAAGUAUUGGAACCCCACCUAAGUAAUCUUGCCUAAUCGAAAACGCAUUUCAGAGUUUCGGCUAAUGUUUCACGAGGUCGAUCACUCACUGUAUGUGCAGCACCCCUUGUUGUAGUUUUGUUUGUCCAGAUGUACAAGCCGGUCAACUGGGACAAACAUACGCUGUCAUUGCUUGUCCGGUCCUCUUACUUACGUAAAAUAGUAACACGUCUUUGAAGUUUGAGCGGUAGAUGCAGACUCCGCCACCGCCGUCUAAGUCUCCCACUCAACUACAGUCUCUGAGCCAACAGCCUGCUUCAAACGUCGGAAUUCGUACUCUAAAGGCGUUUUUAAGGCUCUGCAGAAAGACUCAUGCGGUCCUGUAGGUGGAUUAUGUUUUUGCCAAUCGCGGAGGCCCUGCCCCUCGGUUCUAAGAUUUAGCCCCUAUGCUCAUGACCCGUAAACCCCCAUGUGCCGGCACCGUUAGCUUUUCAGUUUUUGCGCAUACAUAUAUCUCAGAAGUGUAUGCCACUUUUGAUUGCUGACAGUUCCAGAGAGGUCAGUAGAACGGCUGGAGCGACUGGCUUCACGCGCCAUCCGGCGCAUCCUUCGUCGCAUCAUCAAUACACGUCGAGGGGGUCCCCCUGUUCUCGGCCGGCACGUGGAAGUGUCGGACGACGAGGAAGAGGAGGGAGAUAGAAAGCAGACGGCAUCGGUUGACGCCCCUGUAAAGGCCGUUUUCACAAACGGAGACCAUUUGCGGCGUAUUAACGAAGAACCAAUUAGAAUAGAUGAAAUUGACCACAAGGUGGCAGAGGCCACGGAUGAACCCGACAGGACUCUUGACUCAGCAAACCGUAUCUCUACGCCAGACGCUGCAACCCUUUCCUCCGACUCUGCUUCGUCCUCUUUGGGUUCACAGGCGCCCAACGCAAUGAGUAAGAGACGAGAGCCUGAACUCGAGUAAGUUGAAUAAAACACAUUUAUCCGUUUUCCCUUGCUUAAAAACCUCGCCGAUUAGGAAAUUACAAAUGCUUGGGGCAAAGUUGUUAGUGGGAAAAGAAAGUAGAAAAACCUUUUAUUACUCAGUGGAUGACAUUGCCUCCCGCCUUUACGCAAGUAAAAAAUAAUCGGGAGGAUGCAGGAAACUAUCCCUGAAGGGUCAGAAAUCAGCACUAUUGCAAUUUAUUCCACCAUGGCUUCCUCCACGACCACAACAACCACCAUCAUAAUCGCCGCCGCCGCCACCAUGAUUCAUUUUUGAAUUGUUUAGUGCACGAGAGCCUUCACCGUCUAAGAAGCGCUGUGAGGAAGAGAGCGGUCCAGCCACGGAGGCUUCUGGACUGAUAGCCACUCUUGUUAGCAGCGAUGACCCUCCCCAGGAGUCACAGACGCAGGGUCAGGACCGCGAAGUGGAUUGGGGGCGCACGCGGGCUCGGAUCUACUCACCCUACAUGGCUCUGCUCGCCUCCAUCCUUAAUCCUCGCACUCGCGUAUGUCAACUGUACAAUUUUCCCCACUUUUUGAAGAUACCGCAUAAGCACUGAAGAAGGCAAAGCCGGGAAACGUGCGUUUUCAAUUGUCCACCAUCAGACCGGUGCAGUAUUUUACGUCACUGUGUGGCAGCGAAGGGUGGAAAGCAACCAAUGAACAAUAGUGAUGGGGCAAAGGGUGCCCAGGCAGGGGAGAGGGAUUACGGUCUAGUCCUGUCAAUGGGCCAGUGGAGAGGGAGUGUCCGGCGGCGGGUUAUAUACGUCUUUCGUUGCUGUAAGAACUUAUUCGUACCCACAUGCUACCACGUCACGUUACAGGGGCGGACCACAAACAUAACUCACUGGCACACUCUCUCCUCCCCCUGUGCCUUCGCAAAACAAGUCUGUAAUUCCUUUACCCUGUUCGAACAUGUCUAAACACCCUCAGCUCACCCCCAUCACCAAUGCCUAUUGGUUAUUUUUCAACUUUAAUUUUCCUACCGUCACGCAUCUUGUUCCAGCGGUCAGAUGAUGAGUAAUUGAAAACGUUCGUUUACCGGCUUCGAAUUUUUUAAUCCCAUAUGACCCCAUAUAAACGGGAAUAGAGGUGUGAUGAUUUUGCCGUUUUUUAUUUAUAUUCGGCUGAACUCCUCACCCCUUCCCCUCUUAAUUGAUUCGGAUACUAGAAUUACUGCCAAAGAGCUAUGAAGUCAGUCAUUAUUUAAGCAAGUAGACUUCUGAUUACGAACUACCUGCGGUUUGGCUUACGAAGAAGUGGACACAUAUGAGACUAGAAAAUCUACGGUGAAAGCAGUCUCAUAAAUGUGACGGGAUCCACGUCACGUCGUGAAAAGCGAUACUUGUUAGCCGUCGCCGCAGACGGCUGUAGUACGAACUCGGUCAUUGUCAGUUCAGAGGGAGGUCGCCCGUAAGUGUGAGGGGUACGGUCCCAAUAAGUGUCCACUUUGUCAGUUUUUCCCGAAGAUGAGCUUUGGUAGUUCUUGCCGCAUCUAGAUAUCGGUUUCUAUUAAAGCUACUUUCCAAACUGGCGUUUGAGGCCAUGUUCCCACCCUCGGGGACUUUUCUGUCCUAAUGCGCUCCGUUCCCCUACCCUUGCCCUUUGACUUGCCCACGAAUUGUCUAUCCGUGGCCAAGAUUAUACGUGGCAUAUGCACUCUGUACACCUGCCUCUCUAGUUAACUCUUAUACCUUUAUUGUCAUGACACUGUCAUCUGGAUGCCUGUGCCAUGCCGACGUCUUCAGUGAGAGAGAACGGCAAGAUAUUUGGGGCCUUACCGAAACAGCCUUCGUUGAGUACGUUUUAAUUCUGUUACAAAAUAGAUUGCUUCUACAAGUAUAUGCUACCGUAUUGGUCCGUUCAACUGCAUUUAUUCUGUGGCGCUGUUGUGAUAAUUUAAAUCCCCAGCCACGGACUGUCGACGGUCCGUCUAAACGGGACUCGAAAAGUGGUAAGUGCUCGACGAAUCAAAACAUUCCCUCAUAGAAAGUUAUUCUAUCGGCGAACCAUUGCACGUAUUCCCUUAGAAUUCAUAAUCCAGUCUUAGAGAUCGAGGGGGUGAAACACAGAUGCUUGAUUUAUGGAACGCAGUUGUCGCGCAGCCGCAUACCCAGUGAUUGACAGGCCGGAUUUGAGUCACCGGUAGAGCAUCGGCUGCAGGUGUCCUUAGUUGACGAGUCUUUUUGCGGCCUCGUUUGUCGACUGCCCAGGCAGUUCUAACGCCACACAACCUGUAUAGGUCGUUGCAUUAAAUUCCCAAUUCCAGGAGAGAGAGAGAGAGAACCACGGCCCCAGAAACUCGCGGUUGUCACUCUUUUAGGCCUUAUUCAGGUCUGAGCCCGUCUCGGCGACUUGUAAACUAUUGCCACUUUUUCCCACUGUUGUGUAGUUGGCCACUCUCGUCCUUAGUACUUUUUCUACCGGCAGGAUAGUAUUACCGACAAACAAAAGGGAGACUGGAAUGGCCAUUUCUGGCUUGUUGGCCGUCGUCAGCCAGUCAUACCCAACCCCGAAGUGUGGAACACCCGAGGCUCGAACUCGCGACCUGUUAGUUAGAAGUCCACGCCUCUAACUUUUUCUACCACUUCUAACAUGCCAUUCUGAGGCAGUAGGUAUUUUUCCCCCACCAGCAGGUGUCAGACGGUUUUCUCGGGCCCGCGUGCGAUCCGAACACCAAUUGGCACGAAGCACCGCUUCGCCAUAUUCCCGUUUGUCGUAAGGACUGAAAUGUCCCCAAAACCAAGGUAUCCAGGACAUCGGUUUCCUGAUAAAUUUUGGAGUUUUACGAGGUUCCUGUAUUAGGUUGUUUAGACGGGCUGCUGAACAGCCAGAGAUAACAGUUGUGGAAUUUUAACGCUUUUAAAGAGCACUCAUCCAAGAUGACUACUGGACAACUACACUGACUGGCAAAUCCGAGGUGAAUCCUAGCCAAAUGUAGAGCAGAUUCCGGCUGGACGUCUAUGAAGUGGCUAUCCGCCUAACACGUCCGGACCGGACACAGACCCGAGACAAUCACUGGAGACUUUCUGUGACACUACGCGUUGAGGGUCUUUUACCAUAAGCGAUGCGGUUUCGGGCAAAAUGACGGUGUUGGUAGCUAAAAGGCGACUCAGAACGCGGAUAAUCGGACACAGGUCAGCGAUGAUGAGCAACACCAGUCGUCAACUUCAAACUCACUCGGCACUAGAGGCGAGACGGAAGUCCUCGUGAGGGAUGGUGACCGGCAGUCAUGGUUUCCCCAUUCGCAAUUGACCAUUUAACGCAAAACUUUCUGGCUUGCACAGCCGCACAACUUUGAAACGACGGUACGCAGUAAGUGCGUGUGUAAGACGCCUGGGUGCUGACAGACGAGGUUGCUAAACCGUUGUCAGUUAGGUAUGGACACCUGCAAUGGAAGCUAGCGAACUGACAGCCGAGACAGCCUGCAAAACAUCGGGUAUGUGGUUGUCAAACAACCACAUCUUCAUAUCGUAUUCGGUCUCUAAUAGUGGGCCCAGGUGCGGUGGGGAACAUCGACGAACAAGACCAGCGUCUCAGCGAUCGGAUGUUCUGGAUAGGUUCUGGCUAAAUGUUUUCUGCUAACUUUUGUCCACCUUUAAUGUCGAGCAGACUCAAACAGAUUACGAUGAGCAAUCUCGAAUACAAAAUAAGUCCAGCGUUCCAGCCAAUUUUGUUAAACCACGGAGAACCAAUGCCACCGUCGUAGACUGAGUCGUCCGAUCUGUAAACCAUUGAUUACGGUCAGUUUGGAACGGAAAACCGAUCUUCACUAAAUAUUUCCUGUUUUCACUAGGUAAUAAACCUGCGACAAUUGGAGCAAUUAAGGGAGUCAGAUGGAGCUAGUGACGGGGACGACAACGGGGGGAACACUAGCGCACAGGGUAAUCAUGACGGCGAAGAGCACAGGCAAUCAGGAGAGGGAAAUGAGCAGGAGAAUGAGGGACGCGAGAACGCGGCCAGCGAUGAGGAUGAAGAAACAGACAGGAGAGGACGAAGGAAGAAGACGAAAUUCGAGUGGGUGCCCCAAAGCUACACCUACCGCGAAGAAAUGUACCGCCUCCUCAGCACGGAACUGGCUGUCCCCGACUUUCUGGCACAACGCAUUAUGGCUGUCAUCUAG